GUCCAGCAGCGGCAGCGCCAUGCCGCUGAACUCCACUGCAAAGGCAUGGCUUCAAAGGCCCGCAUCCAAGAGCUCCAGGAGGAGUUGUCCGAGGCCGAGUCCGAGACUUUAAGACUGAAGAAGGCCGCGGAGCUCUGGCCGGCGAGGCAGAGCUCCAAGAAGGCAGAGCUGGCAGAGGCCCAGCAGGAACUGGAAGCCGUCGUGGCGAAACAUUCCAACGCCAAGGCUUGGAUUCAACAGAUCUACCACGGCCAUCUCAACCGGGAGAGCAUGGAGCGGGCCGUGCACUUGCGGGGUCAUCACAUCCCAAACCUGGAGAUGCAGUCGGCUGAACUCGAGCAGCAGCUGGCCGAUCACCGCGAGCGCUACGAGGCGCAGUGCCUCGCACAGCAGCUCGAGGUGGAAACGCUGAAAAGGAGCUUGGCCUUGCGCACGACAAGGCUCCGGGCAAAAGAGCAGGAAAGCGCCUGGCUCCAAACACGUGCUGAGGCCCUGGAGCAGGAGUUGACCCAUCUUCACAGCCUGCGAGCUGGCCAUCCCCAGAGCCUCACUGCCAUGACUUCCACGCCGCACUCUGCCUCUGCCCGGUCUCCGCAGUCCCACCCUGGCCAUCUCAGAUCGGAUAGUCCCGAGUCCUUUGCCUCGGCGACUCGAGUCUCAGCUAAUGCCGAACAGAAAAGCGGAGCUCGGCUCUCUUUGACCGGAGAAGGAGUAUCGCGACCGAUUUGA